AUGGAUCGGGGUAUCGAAUUUGCAGAUGACGUUCGAACUUCCACAUCUUUAUCAACAACUAGAAAAUUCUCUACCAGUCCAACAAUAAAGAUAUACACCACACCAGCGAAGCUUGAAUCUGUAAUCACACAGAAAACAAACACGAUUGCGACAAAAGGAGCAACAUCAACCACACAAACAAUAGGUAGCAGAGGCAAAGAAUUCCUUAUUUUGUUCAUGGGAAAACUUUCCACAACAUCAGGACCAAUGAGAAUAUUAAUUACAACAGAUAGUAAUUCAUCUGUAACGAUCUCCACUUCACCUAAUUUAGAUGCAGCCAUUAAAUUGCAGACAGACAGAAUAACAAAUAUUACCACGUCUUCAAAAAUUACAUUUCCUUUUAAAUUGUCAUGUGACUACUUCAAAAUUGAAUCAAAAGCUGUACUGCUGCAGAUAUCUCAAUUGUCCACCAUAUCCAUGUUUGAUGGAAACGAUGGAACACUGGUUUUUCCAACAAACAAAUUGUCAACAAAAUAUAUUGUUUCGUCAACAAAUCCAUAUCAAUCAAAGAGUGACUGUUAUAGUCAGUUUGCUAUUGCAGCCUUGUAUGACAGAACGAAUAUAAACAUUAAAUUCAAAAUAAAAACCACAGCUACAAUUGCUUUACUUGGUGGAACAUACAAAAAUCAAGAUGUUUUCGCACUUACUUUAGAAAAAUAUGAAACUUUUCAAAUAGGACACACUGGUGAUCUCAGUGGAACCUUAAUUGUGUCUACAAAGCCUAUCGCUGUAUUCUCUGGAAAUCGAUAUCAGUAUCUAAAAGGUAGUUACUAUGGUCACAUGGUAGCUCAGCUUCCCCCUACUAACGAAUUUGAUUAUCAGUACAUUGUGCCUCCCUUCUACAAUAAUGUGGCAACGUUGAUUCAGGUUGCAAGUAACAUUCAUAGUUCAGUUAAUGUAAGUAUCGGUACCGGCGUAUCAACGUUGAACAUGACUGACGAAUACAGAAAUUUGGAAAUAAAGUCUAAUGAAGUAACUCUUUUAGAGUCUGAAAAUCCUAUAUUGGUUACUGGUUUUGGAAUGGGUUCGAGCAUGAACAGCCCUUAUAUGACCGGUAUUCCAGGUGUCCAUCAAUAUCUCGACUUCUAUAAGGUGUUUGUACCAGACGGAUAUACAAAUAAUUAUCUUUGUGUGAUUAUACAGCAUAAGUUUAAAAACAACCUGCUGUUGAACGGCUAUUCUACAGAAAAUUAUUUAACUGUGCAGGAGAGUAGUUCAAUCAUUUCACAAAACACUUUUAGCAUCCUUACAUUUACAGUUAACAAUGGAACAAUAGUUUUAUCAACAACCAAUAAUGCCAAAUUUGGAGUUAUUGUCUAUGGACAUAAGUAUCGUGACGGAUAUGCAUAUGCUGGAAAUUACGUACUUACUUAG